UCAACUUUACCUUUCCAGAGCAAGUUCUUUUCAGCUGCUUACUGGAGAAAAUAAAUUAGCUCAGAAUACAUGUUAGUUUCCACUAUGGGACUGGAUACAAACAUUCAGAAAACAAAGUCUAAACUGUGGAAAAAGCUGCUUCUGACAGUCUUGAUUUGCAAUCUGUUUUAUGUUGUCGUGUGCCAGUUUGGUGGAACCCUUGUCUUUUUCUUCCUUGGUGAUGUUCAAAGAAAGAUCAGAGGAUGAACAUACAGAAAUAUCUUCCAUUACUUCUUUGGUAUCUAAUAUGGGACUACCUGGAUUUGGUCCCUCUGGUAUUCGGCCAUUCUGAACAAGGACAAAGUCAACCAAGAACUAAAUUAGGGAUUUCUACAGGUGGAGAAAAAGAUAAAAUCCCAUUACCCAAGCUGAACUCGUCAAGGGCUGGAAAUUCGGGUCAUGGGGUCAGUCUUCCAAAGGCCAGGACCAAGAGUUCCAUUGUUCACCCAAGGGUUAUUUUGACCAAGAAUGAUGAUUCAAAGAAGCAAAUUGCAAAAAGCUCUUCUCCAGAAACCAAGAAGGGGAACUUGGAAAUAAAACAACCCAGUGGGAACACCGGAAAUCCACGACCGGUACUGACUGGCAGUAAGGCCCCUACCAAAAUUGUUAAUAUUCAUGCAGAUUCCACCGGGUUCAAACCUAAGAAACCCACAAGCCUUCACACUGAGAAAGAACAAAAAGACACUUUUAAGCACCCACUUAUCACACCUCACGAAUACAUGCUGUCGUUGUAUCGGACUCUGUCUGAUGCGGAACGGAAGGGCAUCAAUGGAAGUUUGAAACUGGAAGCAGGGUUAGCUAACACCAUCACCAGCUUCAUAGACAAAGGUCAAGAUGAAAGGAUGACAGCGACAAGACGACAAAAAUAUAUAUUUGAUAUCAGUGCUUUGGAGAAGGAUGGCUUACUUGGUGCUGAGUUGCGGAUUCUAAGGAAACCCUUCGCUGAUACAAAAUUUCAACUAUCCGGGAAGUCCUCACAGAUAAAAUUAUACAGUUGCCCAGGAAACAAAAAAGCAGCCAUUCUUCUGGAGUCUAGGUCUAUCAACAACAUCGACAGUCCCAAAUGGGAAGUCUUUGAUAUCUGGAAACUGUUUAAAAACUUCAAAAACUUUGCUCAUUUAUGCUUUGAGCUUGAAUUUCUGGAUAAGGGGAAGCCAAUUGAUUUAAGAAGUGUGGGCUUUAACAGAACGGGAAGACAGACCAAUGAGAAGGCUAUCUUUCUUGUCUUCGGUAGGACAAAAAAACGUGACCUGUUUUUCAAUGAGAUCAAAGCUAGGUCAGGGCAAGAUGAUAAAACCGUUUAUGAAUAUUUAUUCAAUCAGAGGAGAAAAAGACGGGCUCCGCUUUCAACCCGGCAAGGGAAGAGACCAAAUAAGAAUUCCAAAGCAAGAUGUAGCAAGAAACCUCUUCAUGUCAACUUUAAGGAUAUGGGUUGGGACGACUGGAUUAUUGCACCUUUAGAGUAUGAGGCCUACCAUUGUGAAGGACUUUGCGAGUUUCCUUUGAGAUCCCACUUAGAACCCACUAAUCACGCAGUGAUCCAAACCUUGAUGAACUCUAUGGAUCCAGAGACUACGCCUCCAACCUGUUGUGUUCCAACUAAGCUAAGCCCUAUAAGUAUCCUGUAUAUUGACUCUGCCAACAAUGUAGUGUACAAACAAUAUGAAGACAUGGUAGUUGAAUCUUGUGGAUGUAGGUAGCAAGAUUUCCUUUCAAGAAACUCAUGUUAAUCUCUCAAACACAAGGGAAACCAUUACUAAUGAUAAAUGAUUAAUAUUUGAACUAUUUUUUUUAUUGUGUGCGGAUCUUGGUAAAGUAACUUGAACUGUUUUGGGACAAUCUAUGGAAAACGUUGGUAAUGUGUUCUGAGA